GGUACACACAGGGCUGCUCAAUCUCCUCCCACCCCCACUUCUACGUCCAAAGUUGGGACAACCCCCUACCACCUGUAGAGAAGAGGGAGUAGAUUUGAUACCAAGUCCAGGUAUCUAGGGUCCCUAUACUGAGCCGGACUUCGGACCCUGUGUCCUGCUACUCCCUCUGAAGCUUCUCCAGAUGCCAUGGAGCUGGGUCUGUCUCCACCUCAUCACAGCAGCUCCCCAGAAGACCUGUACCCAACUCCUGGGACCCCUCCUGGGACUCCCCCAUCUCCUGAUGCUCCUCUUCCUGGGGAGGUGAAGAGGUCCCAGCCUCUGCCCAUUCUGACCAGCAGGAAACUUCGAGAGGAGGAGCUGCGGACAACCUCUCUACCUUCUAUCCCCAACCCUUUCCCUGAGCUUUGCAGUCCGCCUUCACAGACCCCCAUUAUUGUGGGACCCUCCAGUGCAAGGGGGCAGCUCCCUCGAGACACCAGCUGCCCCCAUGUAGUCAAAGUGUAUAGCGAAGAUGGGGCCUGCCGGUCGGUGGAGGUGGCGGCGGGUGCCACGGCCCGCUACGUGUGUGAAAUGCUGGUGCAGCGAGCUCAUGCCCUCAGUGAUGAGAACUGGGGGCUGGUGGAGUGCCACCCCCAUCUAGCCCUGGAGCGGGGUUUGGAGGACCAUGAGUCAGUGGUGGAAGUACAGGCUGGUUGGCCAAUUGGCGGAGACAGCCGCUUUGUCUUCCGGAAAAACUUCGCCAAGUAUGAACUGUUCAAGAGCUCCCCACACUCCCUGUUCCCAGAAAAGAUGGUCUCUAGCUGUCUGGAUGCACAGACGGGCAUAUCCCAUGAAGAACUCAUCCAGAACUUCCUGAAUGCAGGCAGCUUUCCGGAGAUCCAGGGCUUCCUGCAGCUGCGGGGGUCAGGACGAAAGCUUUGGAAACGCUUCUUCUGCUUCCUGCGCCGGUCUGGCCUCUAUUACUCCACCAAGGGCACCUCCAAGGAUCCGAGGCACCUGCAGUAUGUAGCAGAUGUGAACGAGUCCAACGUGUAUGUGGUGACUCAGGGCCGCAAGCUGUACGGGAUGCCCACGGACUUCGGUUUCUGUAUCAAGCCGAAUAAGCUUAGAAACGGCCACAAGGGGCUUCGCAUCUUCUGCAGUGAGGAUGAGCAGAGCCGCACCUGCUGGGUAUCUGCCUUCCGCCUCUUCAAGUAUGGGGUGCAGCUGUAUAAGAAUUAUCAGCAGAUACAGUCUCGCCACCUGCACCCGUCCUAUGUAGGGUCCCCACCCCUGAGGAGUGUCUCGGAUAACACCCUGGUGGCCAUGGACUUCUCCGGCCACGCUGGGCGUGUCAUUGAGAACCCCCGGGAGGCUCUGAGUGUAGCCCUGGAGGAGGCCCAUGCCUGGAGGAAGAAGACGAACCACCGUCUCAGCCUGCCCACGCCAUGCUCGGGCACGAGCCUCAGCGCAGCCAUCCACCGAACCCAGCCCUGGUUCCAUGGACGAAUUUCCCGUGAGGAGAGCCAGCGGCUCAUCUCCCAGCAAGGCCUGGUAGACGGACUGUUCUUGGUCCGGGAUAGUCAGCGAAACCCACAGGGCUUUGUCCUCUCUCUGUGCCAUCUGCAGAAAGUCAAGCAUUAUCUUAUCCUGCCGAGCGAGGAGGAGGGCCGCCUCUACUUCAGCAUGGACGAGGGCCAGACUCGCUUCACCGACCUGCUGCAGCUCGUGGAGUUCCACCAGCUGAACCGCGGCAUCCUGCCCUGCUUGCUGCGCCACUGCUGUACCCGCGUGGCCCUCUGACCUCUGCAGGAGCAGCCUGUGUCAGCCCUGGGCUCAGAGGGCGGACUCGAGGGCGCAGAAGGUGGGGACAGGAUCGUGAAUAAUUGGAGGGCUCCCCCGACUUGUUUUCUCCUCUGCUCCUUUGCCUCACUGAGACAGAAAGUGCCCCUCACCCAGUUCACCCUCAACUCCUCUCAAGGGAAGGCACUGGGUGGCCCUCUCCCCUUCAUGGAGCUCCUUCCUGGGCACUACCCUGUGACGAGGCAUUAUGGGAGAAAUGGGGGCAGCCCAGAUGGUCUUAUGCCCCACUUUGUACAGACUGAGAGGCCAGUUGAUUGUUCUGUUUUAUACUAAUGACAAUAAAGAUU